GGCAACGGCUACAUCCGGCUGGACUAUGUGAUGAAGAACGUGACGAAGUACCGCGGCCAGGCAGUUCGCAUCCGCUGCGAGAUCACGGGCAACCCCAUCCCCAACUACAGCUGGUACAAGGAUGACGUCAUCAUCAACAAUGACCCCAGCGACCGCAGGAUGGGACACAAACCCACGGCCUGGGGUUCUGAAAAUCCUCCGCCCUCCAAGUCUCAAGGUGGCAGCAACAACAACGAUGACGACUACCCCACUGACACUGACGUGGUGGAAGGUGGAGAGGACAAGCCAAGAGACGGAUUCUGCCAGAUCUACAGAGGAUCCACCUGUGCCAAGUUCGUUGGCAACAUGAGCAUCUACGUCACCUCCAAGCUCACUCAGAGUCGCGCCGAGGAGAAAUAUAUGGCUGCCUUCGCGGUGAUCCAGGCGUCUAGCCACAUGAGUCAGCGUUGCCAACAGUAUGGGAUCCAGUCCCUGUGCUACCACGCGUUCCCUCUGUGCGACAAGACAGCGGACAGGCCGACCCCGAGGAAGAUCUGUAGAGAUGAGUGUCUGGCCCUGGAGAAUGACAUCUGCAGGACAGAGUACUUGAUGGCCAAACGACAUAACUUGAUAUGGAAGGACUCCAGAGCCUCCAGGCCUAACAACAAGCAGGCCCAGCCGGUAGAGAUGAGUCCGCUCAACCCCAAGUCAGCUAGCAGGGCAAGGGAAUUUCCCAUGCCGAACAUCCGCUUUCUUCAGGAACUUGGCGAAGGGGCUUUCGGGAAGGUCUACAAGGGGGAACUGGUCGGCUUGUACGGAGAGAGCUCUGUUACGACAGUGGCAAUCAAGACGCUGAAGGAGAACGCGUUGCCCAAAGUGCAGAAUGACUUUCGACGAGAGGUUGACCUGAUGUCCGACAUGCGUCACCCUAACAUCGUAUGCCUCCUGGGCGUGUGCAUGAAACAAGAACCCAUGUGCAUGUUGUUCGAGUACAUGGCUCAAGGCGACUUGCACGAGUACUUGCUCUCCCACUCACCACACUCUGACGUCACGGCGGCUGAAGACGACAGCGGUACCGGAGGAGGACACAUUCUGGAAUAUUCCGAAAUGUUACACGUGUCCACACAGGUGGCAGCUGGCAUGGAAUACCUCGCCAGUCACCAUUUCGUUCACAGAGAUCUGGCCGCGAGGAACAUCCUCGUGGCUGACGGGCUAACUGUGAAGAUCUCCGACUUUGGUUUGUCCAGAGAUGUCUACUCUUCUGAUUACUACAGAGUGCAGAGCAAGUCUUUGCUCCCCGUCAGAUGGAUGCCCCCGGAAGCGAUCUUGUACGGAAAGUUCACCACAGACAGUGAUGUGUGGGCUUUUGGCGUUGUCCUCUGGGAGGUCUUCAGCUAUGGACUGCAGCCGUAUUACGGUUUCUCCAAUCAAGAGGUCAUUGAGAUGAUACGCUCCAGGCAGAUUCUGGGCUGUCCUGAAGAAUGCCCGGCUCGUAUUUACGGUCUGAUGGUGGAAUGUUGGCACGAGAUGCCCGCCAGGCGUCCUCCUUUCCGGGAAAUUCACACUCGACUUCGCACCUGGCGUAGCGAGCUGACCACGUCCAACCCGUGGUCCCUCUCGCAGAGUCAGAGCGGUCAGUCUUCGUCCACCCACCAGAGCACGCAGUCGCAGCCGUCCCACCACAGCAGCACGGGGCCCAGCAACACCACGGCCGUCACCGGACUGACCGGCAGCAGCAACACGUCAGAGCCCAGCCCGGGCCAGCCCAUGUACACGCCACACUACAUGCCUUACAACAACCACGGCGUGGCCGGGGGCUCGCUCUCGCCCCCGCCCUACAACGGAAUACAACCACAGCAACCACAACAGCACGGCAUCACUGCCGCACCAACAGCUGUUACCACAGCGACUCCUGCUGGGAACAUUCAGCAACAGCAGCAGCAGCAGCAACUGCAGCAACAACAACUGCAGCAACAGCAACUGCAGCAGCAAUACAAAGUGAAUCCAUUUUUGGGUCAGAUGGGAGGAGUAGGAGGUCAGUACGUUCAGUACCCUGGUGGCCAGCCAGCUGUCUUGAAUCUCCAGUCUGGCCAGGUUCAAAUCCCGCGCAACGUGGGACAAGCCAUGCCCCCUGUCAACCCGACCACAGCAGGGCUGGCCAACAAUGGUCCCAGCAAGGUGUCGCCCGCUGGUUCUGUGGCCAGCUCCAAGUCUUCAAACAGCGCUUCCUCCACCCACAACAGCGGGGGUGUUGGGGGCGUGCCUCCCCGACAGGGCAUGGCCCACGCCGGUCAGAACACGAGCGGACAGCCAAUGAUGAACGCUAACUACAAGCUCCAACCACAGGCUUUCAACGGAGGCGGGGCCUCGAACAUUUCCACCCCGCCCCCUGUCAGUAUUGCUGAGUGCAAUGGGUACAACAGCUUUUCGCAUUCUGCUUACAGCCCUGAUCAGAGAACAUCGAACAUCUAAAGUACUCGCUCACAUACACACUAUUACAUACAUACAUACACACACACUAACAUACGCAGACAGUACACACAGACAGACAGUACACACAGGCAAACACACACACACACACACACACACACACACACACACACACAUCACACACACACGCACACAUCACACACACACACAUCAUACGCACACACGCACAAACACUCACGCACGUGUGCGCACAAAUA